GAUUUUAACCGCCAUCCGCGCUGUUUUAGAUAACUUGGCACCGACGAGGCCGUUGAUGUGAUAAUGUUGAGCGGAAGCGGCGCUGCUGCGGCUGGUUCGGAGACCCAUGUCAGAGCCCAGCUCGCAUGCACAGUUCACUGAGCUGUGGACGACGGUUUCCAACCUGUGCCACGGCAGAACACGGGACGACAACACCGGCAGACAGAUGCCUGGCGCGGCUACAUCACCGAUGCGUAAAGAUCUGCAGAGUCCCAGGAACAGAGGCUGCAGCAGAUACCCCGGCCUGAACAAUGGAGAUUCUCCGGGAGAUGUGGAAGCAUCGCAAGAUAUUUUCUGGGAUCCAACAUCUCCUACUCAAGCUAAUGCUGGGUCGGGGCACAGGAACACCAGAGUUGUGGAAAUAUCCGAUAUUGUGAACCGCAUUGCUCCAAAGGAUGUGAGACCGAGAGGGACUGACUCUCCUUUGCUGCAGUGGAUCGGUGACAGCGCCAUCCCCUGCACACCAGAGAUCCGCAAGCCAAGAGCCAGGAAGAAGUCCUCUCGACAGAGCAGCGUGGACGACCUCAUGAAGCUGGCCAGGCAGUUUGACGAGAACAUGCAGCAAGACAAGGAGACUUCAGAACAGCUGAACACUGUCCACAGUGACCUCGCUGAAAGUGUUAAGACUUCUGAAACACGAGUAGCGCUGACAUCAGUCCCGAGCAAUGCCAAGGACCUAAAGUGUUCAUCCUCGUCGGAUCAGGUGGAGGCCGAGCUGCACGCUCUGUUCGACUGCUCCACUCAGAAAGCCAGCGGCCGGCUGAGCCAAAGCCCCACGGCAUCGGCCUGUUCACAAGACGCUAAAGACCAACACGUGACUUCAGCUUUGUCUGAACAAAGACGAUCAGAGCUCAAGUCAGCUGACGAGUCUGGCUCAGCUGCACAUCCUGCCGGAGAGAAACGACCUUGUGCUGUAACCACAAACAACUGCGCUGAUUUCGAUGAUGACUGGGACAACGACGACUUACUUAAUGACUCUUUUGUGCUGGCGAUGACCCAGAACCCCAACGAGCUACAUGAUGCCAAUCCUAAAACCACCGUUCAGUCUGACGCUAAGACAAACACUACUCAGUUGGCCUCGGUUUGCAAACCAGCUGCAAAGAAAAACACCACACAUCAGCCUUCAAACGUGCACUGCAAGCCAAGCUGCAGUGCACUCCAGGAACUGUGUCCCAAACCAAAGACUACCAACAGAAGCACUUUCAAGUUACAGUCUAACCCUUACUUCCAGACCAAGGAAGUUUCAAAGUCCAGCCUCACUGUGAAACAAGCUAAAUCACAGAUGUUGGGGCAGAAAUCUGCGACCACAAAGACACCUUCCACUCCGCAGCCUGACAAGAUCACUAACAAUCACAAGAGGGCUAAUUCAGGAGCAGACUCUGGUCAAGACAUUUCAGACAGUUUGUGGGAUGACGGGGACGACGACGCGCUGCUCUACCAGGUAUGUGACAGCGUGGAGAGGAUCUCCAACAGUCAGCCGCAGCAAGUGACGACCAGCAGCUGCCAAGAAAAACAACACAUCGCUGCGGACGGACAACGGAAAACCACCGAGCCUCUGCCAAUCGACGCAGUCUCGUCCACCAGCACCAGCGCUAAAAGACAGUCGCCAUGUGCUUUUGUUCGUUCUAACUCAUUACCGACGACUAGCAGCGGAACUGUGAACUACCAAGGGUGGAACGUUCCCAUGAAGGGCGCCAGCGACAAGUCACGGAUGUCUCAGAGCUUCCCGGGAAGCCGCAUGGGUCUGGGCACAUUUGGCCAGCGUAGGGAUUCCUCUGGAACUUUGGAGGCUGGAAAUGCUAACGUGGAUACGAAGCCGCAUGCAGUGACAGCCAGAACACCGCAAAGCCUCAGGUCCCAUCAGACAGCGUUCAAGAGAAACGUAUCCGACUCGGCAGCCGUAAGCAGCAAAGUUUUCGUCACGAGCCAGAUGACGGGGAAGUGCUCCGCCGCCGAGAUCGAGAGGAAGAAGCAGGAAGCGUUGGCCAGGAGGCGGCAGCGGAUGCAGAACGGCCCGAAACCGUAGAGCAGCUCCAUCCUGACAGGACUUCUGAAGCUCAUUACACCAGAACAAGUCUUUACAAAACUCAUCAUUCCAGACCAGCGACUCUGAAGCCUGACGGUUGAGCAGCAGAUCACCAGGCUCUGGGUGACUUGCUGGGCUCUCUGCACGUUACGGGACCUUGUGUCAGUUAAAGACAAGUAACUGCCUGCUGCUAAUAUAAAAACACAUUUCAUGAGAGAAGAGUUUCUGUUUUUGUUGUAAGAUCUGGUGCUGCGACAACUUUUUAAAAAAUGUUCCUGAGCUGCUUUACGCUGAAUAAUAGUUUACAUCCACCGAGCCUGAAAACACCCAACGCUGACUAACGCCGGUCACAUUUCCUGUUUGUUUGUCAGGAUUGUUAUUUCAGCUCUCUGGAGCCGUUCUGGACUGACAAUGUUUUUGUGCUUUUGUUUAAAUGUACUCGGCGUCACUUAUCAGAUUGCAACAGCAAAAGCAGACAGACGUAGAAACACAGCUCGUUGUUGAUGUUGUCCAUCAGCUGAUAGUGAACGCUGGCAGUAAAGGCUGCGUUCGCUGUCACGCGACCAGACAGUUUAUGUGCCUGAAGCCUCUUUUGAUGCGCAGUUUGUAAUCAAAACUGAUUUAUUUUAUUAGAAGUAGAGCUUGAGACAGUAUUGUAACACAGGAACGCUUUCCUUUGGGGCCAAACUAAACAUUUAAUAGACGAGGAAACAACACGUCUGUUUUUUAAAUGAAGUGAUUGAGCAGAUUUUGUCUGUAUUUUUCUCUGUGUUCUGUUUGUGCAUCUCACGGUUUUUGUCAUUUCAAUUUUGCACGUCAGGGUCCAGUGUUGUGCUGUAAAGACAGCGUUAACGCCCUCUCCAUCUACUGCAAUCGCCACGUUAUGCACCUUUCAGGAAAGUUCAGUUUUACUGCAAUAAAAACGUAACAGUGACAUUUUGUGCUUUUCAUAUUUAGAGAGGAUGAAAAAAGGAAGACAGCCUCACACUACAAAUAAUAGAAGUUUUGGUUGUCGGUUAGACAACACUCAAAUAAAAUGCUAACGAUGUUUGUGUUUCAGUCUUUGUAUAUUCCAACAUAUCUGUCCUGUUACUUGGAGACAACCUGAUAGACUUGACUGUAUUCUUUCCAGCAGUGAUGUCAUGAUCUUUAUGCCUUCUAACAAAUAAAUAUAUUAAAACA